UUGACAGGAAAAAUCUUAGUCAAUCCUGUCAGCAGCUACAGCGGUAUUAAACUGCUGCUGAUGCUGUUCAGACAGCUCGAUCUCUACAACAAGGCCAUCGAAGUGGCAGAGGAGGCCCUGAGGAACCAUCCAGAUGAGCGCUACCUGAAGAGAUGUGCUGCUCUGACCUACAAAUGGAAAAUAAUUUUUUCCAGAGACAGCCAACCAAAUCAGAGAAUGAUAGACAAAGCCGUCAGUCUGUAUGAGGAGUUGAUCUCUCUUUACCCUCAUUUUUCAGUCUUCUGGGAAACUGAUCUUGCAAUCAUUCACACAAAGUCGAGUGAGGGGCUGCUGAGGGCAAAUCGGAUUUACCAGGAGCUGCUAGAGAGAGAUCUGGAGGACGAAGAGAGACAGAUGCUCUACAACUUAUAUGCUAAGUACUUGUACUUUCACCGAAAGGAGAGAGAGAAGUCCACUCGGUACCACAUGAAAGCAGCACAGAUUCGUCAACGAAGCUCUUACCGGCACAACAGCAUCAAAGAACUGAAGAAGAUCGCAGAACAGAGCAGAAACAGGAUGUGUAGAGAAGUCCAAGAGUUUCUGGAAAAUCUGCAAUUACAAGUCCAUAUGAGUACUUAA